AUGAUAGCAAACAAGGUUGCUCAAUAAAUCAACAACAAGGGAAAAUCACUCCUACAACCUCAAGUUGCAUACUAAGAGGAGAUGUCAAAGCACAGAAUGAAGGUUGGCUUAUAUGAUCUUUACCCCAGAUCUGAAAAUGCUUGGAUUGCUCCAAAUGCUACAAUUGUUGGCGAGGUACUACUUAAGAGAUGGGCAUCAGUAUGGUAUAACUCAGUUGUCAGAGGUGAUAUUAAUCGUGUUGAAAUUAUGAAUUUUUCAUCAAUUGGUGAUCAUUCAGUUGUUCACACUGCUGCAAGUCUCCCAACUGGAUAAUCAGCCAAGGUAUAUAUUGGCUAUAAUGUCGUUGUUGGUGCUCAUUGUACUCUAUACUCUUGCCAUAUCGAAGAUGAUGUUACAAUCGGAGAUAAAUGUGUCAUUCUUGAAGGUGCUAGAAUCGAGAAAGGAGCCAUGAUUGCCCCAGGUAGUGUUGUUCCACCAGGAAGACUAAUUCCAGCAAAGUAACUUUGGGCUGGCAACCCUGUAGAAUUUGUAAAGGAACUUGAUAUUGGUGAAUCAUGGGCCAACUAUUCAUACUCUUAUCUCCAUGUUGCUGUUGGAGACGCUCACAGAUAUUAAUUCACGACCUACCCUAGCAAUUAUCUUUUGAAAUCAUCUACAUAAGAUGACAUUGAAAUUCCUGAGAACGAUUUAGAUGCAGCCUAUACAACUAAAAGCUUGUACAGAGGACUGAUCAAAUACUAUGCUUGA